GUAAAGGCUGUUUUUGAGUUCAUAAGUCGUCUAAGAGAUGUAAAAAUGGCCAAAUCGUUGGACGAUACCUCAAUAAAUCCUAUUGAGAAAGUGGAAGUGGUGGCUAAAAGUACGAUGGAUCAGAAGAUGAAUGUAUACAUUUGGGACAUGGACGAGACCCUUAUAUUAUUGAAGUCAUUGUUGAAUGGAACAUAUGCAGAUGCUUUCAAUGGUUCAAAGGACAUACAAAAGGGUAUAGAGAUUGGGAAAAUGUGGGAGGAACACAUUCUGCGCGUUUGUGAUGCCUAUUUCUUUUAUGAACAAAUUGAGGAAUAUAAUAAACCAUUUCUUGAUGCGUUAAGUGAGUAUGAUGAUGGGAGGGAUCUAUCUGAUUAUGAUUUUGCCAAUGACAAAUUAUGUCCUCCUUAUGAUGAUCUCAAUAGAAGGAAACUGGCAUAUCGGCAUCGGCUUAUAGCUGAUAAGUACACACAGGGUUUGCAUAGAGUUCUUGAUCAAGAAAUGAUAAAGCUUUGGGAUGAUCUGUAUGAUUUGACUGACAGUUACACAGAUAGGUGGCUCUCCUCAGCACGGACAUUCUUGGAGCAGUGUUCAGGAGAAAACAAAGCCUUGCCUCAUGUUGCAUCAUCUAACGUAUCUACUGGUACAGGAUACCAGAACAUUAAUGUUUUAGUGACUUCUGGAUCAUUAAUACCUAGCCUUGUUAAGUGUUUGCUGUUUCGACUGGAUGAUUUAAUAACAACUACAAAUGUCUACAGUUCAUGGGACGUUGGAAAGCUCCAAUGCUUUUCAUGGAUCAAGGAGCGUUUUAGUGGACCAAAUUUCAGGUUGUGUGUGAUUGGAGAUGGAGGGGAAGAAUGCGAUGCUGCACAGACAAUGGGGUGGCCAUUUGUCAGAAUUGAUCCCCGACCUGUGGGUUUUCACAGGUUCCCAGGCCUUACAAUAAAAACGAUCGGCCACUAUCUUGAUGUCGUGUAUGAUGUUCCUAAAGAUGAUGAUGAUGAUGAGUAAGUUGUAACACCACCUGCAAGCUCUCAUCUUUGGGUGUUGUAUGAAUCUUAAUGUGUAAAAAUGAAUGGUUGUGUCAGCCUUAACAAUAGAAGUGCAUAGAAUCAUCCCAAAACCCUGGAUUGAUGACCUGCCAAUACUUGUCAUUUUUACUGUUUGAAGCAAAAAUUCUCAUCAAUAUUGUUGACCAUUGAAAACACAUGGGUGCUUGGAUUCUUAAGGUUACUGAUGGG